AUGGAGUUUUUCAGACAGCUCUUCCUCCUGCUCUGGAAGAACACCACAUACCGCAGGAGAAACAAGGUCCAGCUCAUCAGCGAGCACCUCCUGCCGCUCUUCUUCUUUCUCCUCCUCGCCUUAUAUAGAAAGACCAACGUUUCGGUCAAAACAGGGCAAUGUCAUUUCCAAAACAAAGCUUUGCCAUCAGCGGGCACCUUGCCCUGGAUUCAGGGAAUCGUCUGCAACAGCAACACCAACAAACCCUGCUCCCCCAGCCCGACACCAGGGGAGACCCCGGGACAAUUUGGCAGCUUUGACAACUCAAUACUGUCUCGGUUCUUCGUGGACACCCACACUAUUCUGUCCUACGUUGGAAGCCGAAGCUUCUCAGGCUUUCAGGAUCUGAUGGAGAACCUCACGGACAUCAGUCCGGCUUUAGACACAAUAUCCAAGCUGGCUGUCUUCAUGGAUAAAGUUUCCUCCUUCUCCAUUUUUGCGGAGAUGAGUGCAAUGCUUCGUUUUCUGCCCAGAGAGAGUUUCAAGGUCUUCGAUAGAAUCUUGUGCGCCCAACCUCAGGUCUUGGAUGAGGACAUUGAAGACCUAGAUGGUGACAACAACAGCACUCUUUUCUGUGAAAGUUUGAUCCAGAGUCUGGAGAACCUCCAUCCCCUCUUCACCGGGAAAUUACUCUACACACCAGACACACCUGCAAUAAAACGAGUCAUGAAAGAGGUGAACAAAAACUUUGAGGACCUGCAGAUUCUCCAGCAGCUGAAAGAAGCCUGGAUGGAGGUGGGACCUCAAGUCAAGAGAUACAUGGAGAGCAGUCAGAAUCAACAUCUGCAGGAUUUGCUGAGCAGGCCAGAGGUUGAAGUCCUGGUAAAACAGCGUUUGGCAAAAACGUCCUGGACGACCUCAAAAAUCUCACAAUUCCUGUCCACACCCUCACCAGACGGCCCUAGGAAUCCUCAAUCCCCCCCGACCUGGCUGGACAUCUACAAUGACAUCAACCUCAUCAUCACCACUCUCGCACAAGUCACUGAGUGUUUCUCUCUGAACAAACUGGAGGGGUUGGAGAGUGAGGGUCACUUGAUUGACAGAGCAUCUGAGCUGCUGGAGGACGGACAGUUUUGGGCAGGUGUAGUUUUCCUUCUGCCCAACUCUACAUCUACUGAGCUGCCGCCUCACGUCACCUACAAGAUCCGAAUGAGUAAUGUGGCCAGCACCGGGAAGCCUGACGGGUUUUGGGCUCCUGGCCCAUCAUUUGACAUGCGCUACAUUUUGGGCGGCUUCGUUUACGUGCAGGACCUGGUGGAACAAGCUGUGAAUCGCGUCCUGACUGGAGUUAAACAGACUACGGGCAUCUACGUCCAGCAGAUGCCCUACCCCUGCUAUACAGUGGAUUUAUUUUUCAAAGAUUUGAAAGAAAUGAUGCCACUCUUCAUGACUUUGGGCUGGAUCUACCCGGUCUCCAUGAUCAUAAAAGGUGUGGUGUACGAGAAGGAGGCGAGACUGAAGGAAGCCAUGAGGAGUAUGGGUCUGGGAACAGGAGCGCUGUGGCUCAGCUGGUUCAUCAGCAGCUUGGUUCCUUUCCUGGUUACUGAAGCGCUUCUUCUUGGUGUGCUCAAGUGGGGGGAUAUUUUGCGAUACAGCGACCCGUCUGUCGUCUUUUUCUUCCUCACGGCGUCUGCCACUGCCACCAUCAUGCAGUGUCUCCUCAUUUGUACCUUCUUGUCCAAAUCCAACAUGGCUGCUGCCUGUGGGGGACUCAUAUACUUUUGCCUCUACCUGCUUUCUGCAGUGAUUGCUAUGAAUAGCCAACAACUCAACACUACACUCAAAAUCCUCGCUAGUUUUCUCUCUUCUGUGGCCUUUGGGUUCGGCUUUGAGUAUUUCAUUAAGUAUGAGGAGCAAGGUGUGGGCAUCCAGUGGUCCAACCUGCACUCCUACCCUGUGGAAGAAGAACCCUACAGCUUCAUUAUCUCUAUCCUCAUGCUUUAUGUGGACGCCUUCAUCUACGCCGUUGCAGCCUGGUACAUCGAAGCCGUGUUUCCUGGUGAAUAUGGGAUCCCGAAGCCUUGGUAUUUCAUCUUCCACAUGAACUACUGGAUUGGAGUUCCCCUGGAGGCAGGCAUGUCCAUCCCACCUCCACCCGCAGAGCAGGACGGAGAUCACAUUGAAGCAGAGCCUAGUAACUUGAUCCUGGGCGUGAACAUCAGUAACCUGGUGAAAAUCUACAAGAGGGGGGCCAAGCUGGCUGUAAACCACCUCAACCUGAAGUUCUAUGAGGGACAGAUCACCUCGUUCCUCGGCCAAAACGGAGCUGGCAAGACCACAACCAUAUCCAUUCUGACGGGCCUGUUCCCACCAACCUCUGGGACAGUCUACAUCAAGGGGUUGGACAUCCGCCAUGACAUGGACAUAAUCCGAAGGAUGCUGGGAGUUUGUCCACAACACAAUGUCCUGUUUGACAUGUUAACAGUGGAGGAGCAUGUGUGGUUUUAUGGACGUCUGAAGGGUUUGUCUGAAGCAGAGGUGAAUGCUGAGCUGGACACUUUGUUGGACAAUAUCGGUCUGCUGCACAAACGACAUGAACAGACCAAAAACCUCUCUGGUGGCAUGCAGAGGAAGCUGUCUGUGGCCAUAGCAUUUGUAGGGGGAUCCAAGGUGAUUGUUUUGGAUGAACCUACAGCUGGAGUUGAUCCUAAUGCCCGCAGAGGGAUCUGGGAUCUUUUGCUCAAAUAUCGCAAAGACCGGACCAUCAUCUUGUCCACUCACCACAUGGAUGAGGCAGAGCUGUUGGGUGACCGGAUUGCCAUCAUCUCCGAGGGGAAGCUCUCCUCCUGCGGCUCACUGCUCUUCCUGAAAUCCCAUCUGGGAUCUGGUUAUUACCUCACUGUGGUGAAGAGGGAAGGACUGAACCCCCGCACUCCCAGCAGCACCAGUAUCUGCACCAGCACCAACAAGCUUCCACCUCUAAAGGAAAGUGAGUCAUCCUCGAGGGAGAACACUGGGCUUGGAAGUGAGGAGAACAACUCAGACCUGGCGGCUUUGCUCGCCUUGGCCCAGCACCACAUCCCGGGAGCGAGGCUGGUGGACGAGUCGAGACGAGAGGCUGUGAUCAACCUGCCGCAGGAGGCUGCUAAGAACAGUAGCCUGGCCGUCUUUCUGUCCGACCUGGAUCAGAGGCUCAAUGAGCUGGGCAUCAGUAGCUAUGGACUUUCAGACAGCUCACUGGAGAAGAUUUUCCUUCGAGUGUCUGAGGAAACAGACGGGAAAUCGAAAUCUGAGCUGCAGGAUGAAUCAUCCCGAGGCCGAGGGCUCUCAGCAGGACAAAGAGGGGAGGGACAAUGUGCUGAGACAGAAUCCCAGGAGACAGAUCUGAGCGAAGACGUCCGAGGUGGGACCCCCGUGACCGGCUGGAGGCUGAUGAGGCAGCAGAUGGGGGCUCUCUUUGUUAAGCGCUGGCUUUAUGCUCGGAGGAGCUGCAGAGGCCUCUUCGCUCAGAUUGUUCUUCCUCCCAUGUUGCUCCUGGUUGUCCUCCUCGGCCUAGGCAUGAAGCAGUCUGAGGAGUUACCCAGUCUGCAGCUGCAGCCGUGGAUGUACGGACAACAGUACACCUUCUUCAGCAACGAUGCCGCUGGGAACCCAGCCAUGGAGAAGUUACUGGAAGCUCUACUGGACCAGCCGGGUUUUGGUACCAAGUGCAUGGAGAGAGAGGAAGAGGACAACAGCCUUCAUGAGUGUGAAGGGGAGCAGGACGGCCUGUUCAUGCGACCACAGGUGUCCAACUCCACUUGGCAGGUGUUCAGCGGAGGAAACUGGAGCGUAGACAGACCCUCUCCUGAAUGUCAGUGCAGCACGAAGGAUGUUGAUCGGAUUCUCCCCGACUGUCCGGAGGGAGCUGGCGGACUGCCACCGCCUCAGAUUAGGAGCCUGACUGGAGACAUCCUCCAAAAUCUAACGACUUACAAUAUGUCUGAUUAUCUGGUGAAAAGCUACUCUCAGAUCCUCAAGGAAAGCCGGAAAACCAAGAAAGGGCUGAAGGAAUUCAGGUAUGGAGGUUUCUCCCUCGGGGGCGACGCCACGAAAUCUUUACCUCAGCUCCAGGAGUUUGUCAGGGCAAUCAGGACUCGUAACAGAGUUCCACAGAACAGUUCGUUGGAUAAUCUUCUCAACCGGCUGCCGGAUGUUCUCGGAGGACGGGACGGUCCAAACAAAGUCAAGGUGUGGUUCAAUAACAAAGGCUCGCAUGCCAUGGUGUUGUUUGUCAACGUUAUGAACAAUGGUCUUCUGAGAGCGAGUCUACCGCCAGGUCCAGAAAGGAGGAGACACGGCAUCACUGCCUACAACCACCCGCUCCACCUCAGCAGAGAGCAACUAAGAAAUGAGGGCAUGUCAAAAUUAGGCCAGAACAUUUUGAUUUCCAUCUGCGUCAUGAUCGCCAUGUCCUUUGUGCCGCCCAGCUUUGUCCUUUUUCUGAUCGAGGAGCGAGUUUGCAAAGCCAAACACCUUCAGUUGGUCAGCGGGGUCAAACCGAUCCUCUACUGGCUCUCCAACUUCAGCUGGGACAUGUUGAACUACACUGUUUCAACCACUGUGGUGGUGCUGAUCCUCGUUGCUUUCCAGCAGCAAUCAUUUGUUUCGGGGACAAACCUGCCUGCUUUCGUCCUGCUGCUCUUCUUCUAUGGGUGGUCCAGUACCCCUCUCAUGUACCCAGCGUCCUUUGUGUUCAGCACUCCAAGCACAGCGUAUGUGGUUCUAAAUUCCAUCAAUCUGUUCAUUGGAAGCAGCACCAUCAUGGUAAGCUAUCUCAUGGAACCCCACAUGGACUUUCAGGGCAAAGAGGGGAUCAUAUGUGACACGACAUGAGCUAAUGAGUUAAACCCGAUCCUGAAUAAUGUCUUCCUCAUCUUUCCUCAUUACUGUCUGGGACGAGGUAUCCACAAAAUGGCCUCUAAUCCGAGUGGGGGAGAUCUCCAGGUGCAGGGCAGCCAACCAAAUCCACUGCGCUGGGAUUUUAUUGGGAGGGACGUGUUUGCGAUGGCAGCUCAAGGCGUUAUCUUCUUAAGUUUCACCGUACUGCUGCAAUACAAGUUUUUCAUACGCUUCAGGCCUUGGUGGACAAAGCCCAAGAUGUCUGCUCUGGGUCCAGAAGAUGAGGACGUCGCCAGGGAAAGAGAGAGGGUCAAAACUGGCAAAGCCCAGUCAGACAUCCUCACCAUGACAGACCUGAGCAAGGUUUACAAAGCGGGCAGGAAGCCAGAUCGUCUCUGCCUUGCGAUUCCACGGGGAGAGUGUUUCGGGCUGCUGGGGGUGAACGGAGCAGGGAAGACCUCCACAUUUCGCAUGCUGACCGGAGAAACAACCAUCAGCUAUGGAGAGGCUUCCAUCAACCAUUACAGUGUGCAGACAGAGAUUGAGCAGGUCUACCGGUCCAUGGGUUACUGUCCACAGUUUGACGGCAUCAGCGACAAACUGACAGGUCGAGAACAUCUGGAGCUGCACGCCCGUCUGCGGGGGGUUCAGGAGGACUCUGUCCCCAAGGUGGCGCAGUGGGGGGUGAAGACGAUGGGACUGAUGCAGUACGCUGACCGAGAGGCUGGAAGCUACAGCGGGGGCAACAAGAGGAAACUGUGCACUGCCAUCUCCCUUAUUGGAACUCCAUCUGUUUUAUUCCUGGAUGAGCCCACCACUGGUAUGGACCCAAAGGCCAAACGAUUAUUGUGGAACUGCAUCCAGAGCGUCACCAAAGAGGGACGAGCUGUAGUUCUCACCUCCCACAGCAUGGAGGAAUGUGAGGCUCUCUGCAACAGAAUGGGCAUCAUGGUCAAUGGCAGGUUCCGGUGUCUGGGAUCUGUUCAGCACCUGAAGAACAGGUACGGAGAUGGCUACACCAUCAUUAUUCAUCUGGCCGACUCUGAAUCCAACCCGGACUCGUGUCCCGUCAGCACCUACAUGAAAAGCUCCUUCCCCAGCAUGGAGCUGAAGGAGCUUCACCACAACGUGCUGCACUUCCAGCUGCCCUCACACGCCUGCUGCCUGGCUCGUGUGUUCCAUGUGUUGGCCAACAACUAUGAGGAGCUGGGCAUCUCGGACUUCUCUGUUUCACAGACCACACUGGACCAGGUAUUUGUCAGCUUUGCCAAAGAGCAAACUGAAGAUGACAACCUCACAGACGUGGUCGUCAGCAACAGGGCGGUACAGAGCAACGUGAGCGUACAGCCCUCCGGGAUAAAUCCUCCAACCACCCCCCCGCAGCCACCGGUCGGACCCCCUCAGCAAAGCAAGACGCCACAGCCGCAGACAGUAUCAUCCGACAGCAAACCGAAAGGGAGGAAAUCCAAAAAAGCCAAAUCCAGCAGGGGUAAAUCUAAAGAAGGCAAAUCUAACAGAGAAAAAAGCAACAGUACGGCAAUGACCAAAUGA